AGAAUGUAUCUGAAACCAUAGUGACAAUACUGAUAUUGACUUGGUAUCAAUAUUAUCGAUAUUUUGUAUCGAUAUGCCCACGUCUACUGGAUGGAAUUUGACAAAAGGAACAUCAAGUGAGUGGAAACAUUAUAAACAACCAUAAUCCGAUUACUAAAAUGAACAGAAACACACUGACGUAAAGUGUGUGUGUGUGUCUUUGCUGCUCGCUUCCCCAAGUUGGAUUCACCCCUCUCUCAUUUGCUGUGAAAAGAUCCAUCAUCCCCUCCUAAACUUCACAUGACAUCAGAGGAAGAGGAGGAGGGGAGGGAGGGCCGAGACAGCUGCAAGGAAAACCUCUUCAUCAGCCUCCCUUCUUUUCUGUACAUGGACCACCCUCCACUGCUCCGUACCAGUGGGCUGCGGCUGCCGGUGUCGUCAGUCAGCGAGGGCCCUCAGUCUCUGUGGGAGCCGGAGGCAAACAGAGCAGCGAGGGGCGAGGAGGCGCAGAAUGAACCUGGUGGAGGUGCGCUACUGAGACACCGCUGACUGAACUCACUGACACAGAUCUUUGGGUUGUUUGGCUAUAGCAAGAGGAGCAACCAUGGGACUUGAGGUGUGGAGCCUUUCCCUCCUGCUGGGCUUGUCUCUCUGGAACAACGGUCAAGCCCUGGCGAGGAACCCCAUUCUGUCGAGGAUACGAAGAGCUCCGGGGGCUGCCGAAGAAAACAAGAAGUGCUCCUACACCUUCUUGGUCCCGGAGCAAAAGAUUACGGGCCCUAUCUGCGCCACCCGGGGCUACUCCACCGACAAAGACCGAGUGACACGCCUGGAUGUCGCGGCGGUGCGCGACCUUCUGUCCAAACAGCGUCGAGAGAUGGAGACUCUGAAGCUCGUGGUGGAUGUGGAUGGUAACCUGGUGAAUGAGAUGAAGCUGCUGAGGAAGGAGAGCAGAAACAUGAACUCCAGAGUGACUCAGCUUUACAUGCAGCUGCUGCAUGAGAUCAUAAGGAAGAGGGAUAACUCACUGGAGCUGGCUCAGCUGGAGACGCGCAUCCUUAACGCCACCUCUGAGUCACUGCGGUUGACGUCCAGGUACAAGGAGCUGGAGGCCAAAUACGCGGCGCUGUCUGCAAUCGUGAACAAUCAGUCGGUGCUGAUCGGAACGUUAGAGGAGCACUGCAUGCAGAUGCACAGUCGGCGCCACGAACAGCCACCUAUAGGACCCCCGCUAGUGCAGGUGGUACCUGAGAACAUUCCGGUCAGUGUGCCACGGUUCACCAAUGAAAUCCAGAGUCGAAACACCAGAGGGUUUGGCCCGGAUAGGGAUUCUCGCUCCGGGUCAACCCCCACGAGCAGUACGCCCGAGGUCCCGAAGUCUGAGAGAAACUUCAGCACAGAGGGCCCGUUCAGAGACUGCCAGGAGGCCCAGGAGGCUGGCCACAGCACCAGCGGCAUGUAUCUGAUCAAACCAGAUGAGGCGGAGAGGCCGGUGCAAGCCUGGUGUGAACAGGAUAUAGACAACGGAGGUUGGACGGUUAUCCAGCGCCGGAGAGAUGGAUCAGUGAACUUCUUCAGGAACUGGGAUAGCUACAAGAGCGGCUUUGGCAACAUAGACGGGGAGUACUGGCUCGGCCUGGAGGCUAUCUACAAGCUGGGGAGGCAGGGCGACUACAAGCUCAUGGUGGAGAUGGAGGACUGGAUGGACAAGAAGGUGUACGCGCAGUACAACAGCUUCCACCUGGAGCCCGAGAGCGAGGGCUACCGCCUGCGGCUGGGCACCUACCAGGGCAACGCAGGGGACUCCCUCAGCAGCCACAACGGCAAACAGUUCACCACUCUGGAUCGAGACAAGGACGCCUUCUCAGGUAACUGUGCCCAUUUCCAUAAAGGAGGCUGGUGGUACAACGCCUGUGGCCAAGCCAACCUCAACGGUGUCUGGUACACCGGAGGAGUGUACCGCAGCAAAUUCCAGGACGGCAUCUUCUGGGCUGACUACGGCGGAGGUUUCUACUCCAUGAAGUCUGUCCGCAUGCUGAUCCGGCCCAUAGACUGAGGGUGCUGGGUCGUCACAUUCAAGACUCACUCUUUAAGUUGCUGCGCUAUACAGUACAUCUGCAGCGAGAGGUCAAUCGCGGACGGACAAACUCAGCCGACGGAAAAGAGGCAGAGCAUCGGUUUGCGGGAACAGACGCAAAACUCUGCACAUAUGGGGAUUUAGGAGACACGAAUCUGUAUCACACAUAACUUUGUAAAGUAGCAAAAAGUUAGGAGUUCUUGAACUUUUAAGCAUUUUGUGUGAUGCCACAACCACAAACUUCGACAUGUUUGUUUUAAUAAACCAAAGUAGUGCAUCUAAUAGUUGUAUCGUAGGAAAAGAAUACAUGGUUUUCGUAUUAUUCACAAAUUAAAAACUGAAAAAUGUAGCAACCAUUUGUUUUGAGCCGCCUUUUACUCUGACAUCUAUACAUAAAAUUCAGAUGUGGAAUAGUUUUUGACCCGUGGCAAACCAAUGCAAAUUUUAUUGAUGUAUCGUCCAUCUUCUGGUAGAACAUCACUAAUUUGGUAGCCAGAGCUACAAUGGAAUGCGUUAGAAUGUCCCAAAGUCCAGACCAAUUAGGAAAACACGAAAAAUUUACUUUAAAACACGUCCUCCAUUGGGUCAUUGGGCGAGAGGCUUGGUACACCUAAGACAAGAUGCCAAUUUAUUUAAUAAGUUACAGGGAAUUGGCCCAACAGUCAUAUUUCUGGACUAUAGGAGGAAGCAGUUGGAUUCUGGGAUACACAAACAGAACUCUGUGCAGAAAAACCCAAGACUGGGAUUUGAACCCAAGUCUUUCUAUCUUCAAGGCAACAGCCUCAAGGCAAAUCGCGCAAAUUGUAGUUACGAAAAUCCAUAUGAGAAUUUUGAAAAGACCCAAGUUUUUCGUUAAAAAGUUUUUUGCGCUAGGAUGAGGUGGUUUUUAAGCCGUAUCGAAAUAAGUGUAUUUCGCAAAACUGCGUCGUGUGAUCAACGACCGGAUGUCACUACUGGCGGAAAGUACUAAGAAGACAACAGGAAGUUUUUGGAGGAUGAUGGUGCAGCAUGUUUCAUAAUGACUUAUCCCGUGAAAUAUUCACAUGUGAUUUCAAUCGCUCUUCUUAUCCCAUGAAAAGGCCACAGUUGCGAAAUUGUGUUCUCCAACAUCAGAGGAAUAUUGUAAUGGAAACGCAGCUAAUGCUACCAACUGUACCACCAUCUAAUUGGACUGAGUUGGAGCUCUUUGUAAAAAAAAAAGAAUGGCUACAUAUUUAUUAGUUUAAAAAAAAAAACAUGGAAACCAUGUAAAAUAUAUAGUUUGUGGUUGUUGCUUGACAAAAUGUGAAAAAGUUGAAAGAGUAUAAAUAAUCUUUCAAGGCCCUGCAUGUUAAAAGGUAAACAAUAUUUCAGAGAGUAUUCAAAUCUAUAGCUUUACUGGUACUAACGUCACAUGAUCCAAAUGCAACUUCACCUACCUCACCAAGAUAAACAUCUGGUGCUAACAAGAGUUUCCGCUUUUACUUAGCUUUAGGUACAAAGAGCUGGAAAACACACUGUGUUGAAACAGGCACAGGCAAACUACACACACUUUUCCUGAAGCAGCACAUUUUAAUUGCACAAUGUUUUUAAUUGAAACCCCUACCCCUAAAGCAACCUUUCUACUGCAUGCUAAAAUACUUUGUCCGAGUGCAGGUGACCAGAACGUAUAAUUUAUGCUUACAAUUAAGUUAUCAUAACAGUGAAGAGGGCCAGGAGUCCUUUGAGAGCAGGAAACGAUCCUGUAGAAUAACAGGAGCCGUUUCCUCCUGCUGUAAAUAGGACAAUCAUUCUCAGAGUGUGCGCGCUCAUAUGGAAAUUGUUCUUGUGUGUUUUUCUCGUUUGGACUUUGAUUAAAGUUCAGUAUGACUCUGGGAAA